UGGAACAUCGCCAGACAGCCUGGAAAACUCACAGCAACCCAGUGAUUCUGGCCAUGAAAGCCUUUGACAACACAAACCCUUUACUGCUGCCCAAUGUUUUGUGACCCCAAUAUUGAGCUUAAGGCAAUCCCAUUCGAGGCCAGGACCCACAGUUUAAGAAGCAGUGCUUUAGGCUCCUCUCUCCCCACUCCUUGCAAUAACUCAGGAAAUCCUUGUUGGAGCAGUUUGGAGUACAUUACAGGGUAAAUGCAAAUAGAAAUCCUUGGGCUGGAAGCAUGAAGGGGUUAAGCUAAGGGACAAGCUGAGACGCUGCUCCAUGGAAAUGUCCACAGACAGUUCCCUCUUGCGCAACCCACCCUCCCUUGGCUCGCUUUUGCGCACCCCAGCUGGCCUCCCAAGCUUUCUUUUCCCUCCCUGGGGCCCAGCGUUCCUAAACCUCUUAUAAAAAGCCUCCGCUGGCAACGGUCCUCUUCGGCCAGCAGCAACAGGGCAAACGGAUCUUGGCACGCAGCAGGCGACACAAGUGAGCCCGGGCCUGUUGUGUCUCCUGGAUCGGGCCUCCGGGCCUGCCUUAUGUCCCUGGGGGCUGAGAUUUUGCUCCUGCACCUUGUUGAGCUUCUGUCCCCAGAGAAUGCCAUGGGUCGCUGCUGGCUAGGCCUGGUGUUUGCUCUUGCUGUGGCUGCCCCUGGCUGCGUGGGAGAUGACCCGCCUGCUGCGACAGAGGUGACGGUGACCCACACGUGGACACCCUGCCUGGAAGAAGAACAAGAGAACACAGCAGCAGCAGAGGAAGAAGAAGAAGAGCGACGCCUGACGCCCAGAUUCAGCAGCUGCAUGCUGCGCUGUGCUGGCCAAGCGAUGCUCAGGAUGGUCAGCACCAAAAAGACCAUCUCCCUCAAGCUCAAUGAAGGCACAGAAGGUGAGGAGCAUGAGUUUUGCUGGAUGCUGCGCCUGCGCUGUCAGAAGGGAGAGGAGCUCACCAAAGCCUUUGUCCUACUCAAUCUGGAGGGGGGUCAGCCGCCGCCUUACAGACUACUCCUCACUGCCCCUCCUUCACUCCGCCAGCAUUUGCAGGCCCGUCAGGGCAACCGUGGCACAAAACUAUUGAGUGUGGAAGCCUGUGGCGUCCGCUUCGACGUGACGGAACUGUUCCGUAGCGCCGAAGGAGGCCAGGAUGCCCAGAUGUGUGUCAAGGCUAUCUGUCCUGAGGAAGGUGUCUGUGGAGAAUGGACGCUGGGCCUGCACUGCCCACCUUUCCUGGCCACUUUGUGGCGCAGUCCUCCCCGUCCUGACGGUUAAGGCAACAGGAAAGUCAAGAGGUUCAACUCUGUCGUAGAGGACAGUGCCUUAUGACUUGGGAACAGGGGGGGGGGGGGGGGGAGAGAAGAUGUGUUUUCUAGCAUUCCAACCGUUAUUUAAUGAAGAGUCAUUUUCAAAGGGCCUUUAUUGCUAACGCACAGAAGUAGUGAUGUCAUUAACAAACAUUAUUUUGUCAAGACCGAAAGAUAUCCUGAUGAUUACCUGUAUAAAAGCGCACAUGUCAAUUGUUUCCAGGAUUAUAAAUCACACUCAUGUCCUAAUGCAACAAGAGAAAGGGCUUUCCUUCCUUUCCAAGAUCUUAAGGCAAUGAUAAUUUAAUUGCUUCUGAUAAUACUUUUAGGGUUCCUGCUAUAUGGCCCCCUCACAUUCACUACCAACACAUAUCCCUGUUUGUCCUCCCCACCAUGACAUGAUAGAUGGACACAUACACUACAAGUACAUAACCCUGUUCGUCUCCACAAUGACCUGACUGCAUGUUCAUUUCAUAGGAAUCGUAACAAAAGGGCACACAGAUUGACCUGAGGGCACAUUCCCAUAAUCUCUCUCAUAAUGUACCUAUAAAAUGCUAGCAUCAUUACUUUAAUUGGUGUCCCCACCACUGAAGUGUUAAAAAAGAGGAACUGGUGAGCUCAGGUGCAUAAACCGGGAGCUGUAAAUGAGCCUUUGAGCUUGUGUCCCUUCCUUCGCUGGUGUCUUCGUAUCAGCCACCAUGGCUGAGGUACCUUUUGUUAAGCUAAAAGCUAUUUUCAUGGUAGAUCUGUGAGCUAUUUUUUUAAUAAAUGGGAGCACAAAUAAAGGACAGAUGUGCCACACAGGUGUAAAAAAUGAAUUGGUGAUAUCUGUCUUUCUCUCAUUUUGUCUUUGUAGAAACCUGUGAGGACAUAGUACUAAAAUGUAGCCUACUGUAAAUAAAAGUACUCCAAAGACA